AUGGCAUUGAGCCAACCUGUGGUCCAUGUAAGCGACGAGAGACCUUGUGCUCCUAUCCCGUUGGAAGCGCAAGGAAAAUUCGUGACAAUCAGUAAGACCAUGCUGCACAUAUACUGGACAUACUUCGAGCCAACUGUAGUUGUGACUGCCAGGUAUAUACACCGGUUACACACCGUUGAUCGAGCUGCAUCUACAAGAGCCACUCACAUUCCUGCCUCUGGAAGCCCACUUGCUUCAAUAGGACCCAAAAAUGGACUGAGAACGCCAAAUGGUGUCAGUAAUCGGAGUGAGCUGGAUAAAAAUACCAUUGGCUCUCAGAGCAUGUCUCUGCAAGCACUUGCAGAAGGGGACCGUACUGCUAUAUUUCCACACUCCCCCAUGAGCAAUGACGAAAACAAUGCCUUUAGUCCUAGAACAAGGCAAGCCUCGGGCUUCCGAAAUUCGAGAGGAAGCCAAAGCCGAAUCACCGCAAUGGGUAUAACACCCGACGGACUCUUCGGUUUGUCAGAGAAUGAGGACGAGUUCUUCGGUGACUCUUCGGUCGCCUCUUUUCUGAAGCAAAUCAAAGAUUCUGCAACGAAAGAGUCUGAACGAGGAAGCUCGACAGCAUAUCCGAUUCCGCUUGCGACUUCUGGCACACCAUCAAUUGCAAUGCCACCGGUGGCAGAGAAUGGUCCGAGUGUCAAAGCCUACGAUCUACCACCACGGCAACUAGCUGACUACCUUCUGAACCUCUAUUUCGAAAAAAUACACAGCCUGUAUCCAUAUGUCCAUAAGACAAGCUUCCUUCGUACUUAUGGACGCCUAUGGAUGCCACUGGCAGAGACAGACGCGGAGACCAUCUUGUCCGGGCUGGGCUUAGGAGAUGCAUGCGCGUCCCUGCCACUCUUCCAUUGUGCAUUGAACAUUAUCUUUGCUUUAGGGUGCCACUUCUCCAAAUUAGAUCAAACGGCGCGGGAAGCUACGGCAGAAGAGUUCUUUCAGCGCUCGCAGCGACUACUGAACAUGAUAUCACUUGAUAAAGGUGAUUUAGCCCUAGUACAAACAUUACUCCUGACAUCACAAUACUUGCAAGGAGGCGAGUCCCCAUCGAGAUGUUGGAAUAUUAUUGGUCUUGCUUGCAGAAUUGCACAGUCACUUGGAAUGCAUUCUCUUAAGGCAGAUAGGACCAGAACUCCAGCCCAAAUACAGAUGAGAAGGCGCGUCUGGCAUGGAUGUGUAAUGCUUGAUCUAAUCCCAAGAGCAAGUAGUAUGAUGCUGGGUCGACCUCCCAUGACUCAUUCUUCCGCAGUACCUCUUCCAGAAGCUAUCGAUGAUGAAUAUCUCGAUUCAGCCAUGGCAACAUGCCAACCAUCAACGGAAACGCUUUCAGGAACUGAAUUCUAUGUCAGAACUCUUCAGCUAUACAAAAUACUACGAAAGAUUCUAUCCGAGGUCUAUGAGCCUUGGGAGGACGAGAGGGCUCCUGAUCAGUCAGAGCGGCCAAAGUCUGAAAACGAGCUAGCCCAGACAUUGCUAAGUUUGGAUGAGGAGCUUCUGGCGUUUGAAUCAAACCUUCCAGUGGCUCUACAAUGGCGUGAUGCACAGCAGCCCGCGGAUGUGGCUGGACCAUUCCGUCGUGAGAGCAGUCUAUUGAGGGGAAGGUUCCUUCAUUUGAGGAUAUUGCUUCUUCGUCCUACGCUUGUCAAGUUUUGCCGUAACGAUUUCCCACCGCGUCAAGCGGGUGGCUACCCUCGAUACCGACAAGUAUUAUCAAAAAGCAGAAUAUCCGUGGAUUUCAGUAUCAGCUGCUCGACAUCAUGUGUUGAAACUGCAAUUGAGCUGUCGCACCUUAUGAAUGAUAUUUCAACGACUGAAUUAGCAAGUGUUUGGUGGUACAAUGUCUUUUAUGCUUUUACCGCUGGCGUUGUUCUCAUACUGGCUCAGGCGUCUCCUGCUUUGACGUCUAAAUUUUCUCAGCCAGUCUUGGAGAAUGCUUGGAAAAGCUGUUGUGACUGCUUGGAAAACAUGAACCCGUACAGCAACACGGCCAGAAACUGCGCCACCAAUUUGCGGAAGACUCUAUCUCAAGUGCUAGACAGCCAAGGACAUGAAGCUAGAGUGCUUACCAAUAAACCUGUGCCUCAGACUACAGGCCAAUAUCCGGGCCACGACACAAGUUUACCUAGGGCACCGAAUUACCUUCCGACUCUCGCUGGAUCAGAAGUUGGCGAUGAUUCCAGUCAAGGCGCUCUGGAUACUCAAUUCUCUGAGGCAUUGGACUCUCUCUGGAGUGGAGAUGAUGUGAACAGUUCUUUGAUGGAGAUGCUAUGGGAUGACCUUUGGUUGACAGCGCCAUCAUUUUUCUAACAUUAGCAUUGGGUGUGGGUGUCAUUGUGGAAUGCAGCGACGAUGAGGCAAUUUAGUACUAGAGAUGAUUCUCUGUCUUUGGCCCUGCGAACGAUAAAUCGUACGCCGUCUUUCUCAUAACAGAUGGAGCUCGUGCAAAGCAUAUGUAUCCGGUUAUCCUAUCAAGUAAGUCUUACCGCGAAAACCCGGAACACAUGAAGCCCAACCAUUGUUGAGGCUAAUCGAAUGUUCCGAAGGGGGAGGGCUGCCUGGUCAGCAUACAGGACUAGCUAGGAACCCGAAAUACAAGGCC